AGAUAACACUCGCUGAGAGGAAGCCGGUGUUCUUCAUUUAACGAGUCUCACUGUAGAGAUGAAUGCGCUUAUAAUCUCGGUGCUCGUUCUGCUUUCUAGUUGUUGCACAGGACAGGAAACAUGUGGUCGACCAGUCAUUGCGCCGGUGCUCGACAAUGAAGAUCGCAUCUUGGGAGGAUCUGAAGCUGUGCCCGGCAGUUGGCCGUGGCUGGCGCCCCUCUACGAGCACCCCAUCCUCGGAGGGGACAUGGUCUGUAGUGGGGCUCUGCUCGACUCCCAACACGUAGUCACUGCUGCUCACUGUGUCAGAUCGGUGCAUCGGAGCAUGCUGCGCAUUCAUCUUGGUGUCCAUACAAGAGACCGCAGAGAUGUCGGUGAACAGACAGCCCUGGUGCAACACAUCUGUGCUCACCGACUGGCGUACAAACCUUAUAACGAUAUAGCCAUCCUGAGGCUGCGCCGCACAAUCAAAUUCCGGGACACCAUCCAGCCCGUGUGCCUUCCACAACCCGAUGGCGAAAUGCCAGAUAAUGUGACACUUUAUGUAACAGGAUGGGGCAAGACUCAAGCAACGCAUAUUGACGUGGAGGACAGAUCAUUGACCCUAAAGCAGUUACGAGUACCCAGUCUUUCAUCCGAGACUUGCAGGAGCCAAUUCCUGAGAUUCCUUCUGGACAGCGGCUUCUGUGGCGCACACGAAUACGGUUCAACCUGCAAUGGAGACAGCGGCGCUCCUGCUGUUCGCCUGCGUGACGGUGUGUGGACGUUGGAAGGUAUCACGGCAGGAGGACCUCGCACGUGCGGUAUAGCGAAGUCACCCAUGCGCUUCACUAAGGUAUCGUGGUUCGUCAACUGGAUUCGUCGCUACAUGAACUCCAGCGAAGCUGAAUGGAGCGUACUAUGUAGGCCAGCAGACGUCUCCCUGAGAGCAACCCGGUGUUCUUCAUUGAACGGUCUCACUGUGGAGAUGAAUGCGCUUAUAAUCUCCGUUCUCGUUCUGCUUCCCAGUUGUUGCAGAGGACAGCAAACAUGUGGGCGACCAGCCAUUGCACCGAUGCUCGACAAUGAAGAUCGCAUCAUGGGAGGAUCUGAGGCUGUGGCUGGCAGUUGGCCGUGGCAGGCUGCCCUGUACGAGCACCCCCUCCUCGGAGGUAACAUGAUCUGCAGUGGGGCCCUGCUCGACAGCCAGCACGUGCUCACUAUUGCUCACUGCCUCAGGUCGGUGCAUCGGAGCACAUUGCGCGUUCAUCUUGGUGUCCAUACAAGAGACAGCAGAGAUAACGGUGAAGAGACAGCCCUGGUGCAACACAUCUGCACUCACCGGCUGACGUACAAAUCUUAUAAUGAUAUAGCCAUCCUGAGACUGCGCAGCCCAAUCAAAUUCCGGGACACCAUUCAGCCCGUGUGCCUUCCACUACCCGGUACCGAAAUGCCUGAUAAUGCGACACUCUACGUAACAGGAUGGGGCAAAACUCGAGCAACAGAUAUUGACGUGGAAGACAUGUCAUCGACAUUAAAGCAGUUACGCGUACCCAGUCUGUCAUCCGAGACUUGCAGGAGCCAAUUCCUGGAGUUCCUUCUGGACAGCAGCUUCUGCGGCACGCACGAAUAUGGUUCAGCCUGCCAUGGUGACAGUGGCGCUCCUGCUGUUCGCCUGCGUCAUGGCGUGUGGACGUUGAAGGGUCUCGCCGCAGGAGGACCUCGGACGUGCGGCACAGCGACGUCACCCAUGCACUUUACUAAGGUAUCGUGGUUCGUCAACUGGAUUCAUCGCUACAUGAACUCCAACGCAGCAGAAUGGAACGUACUAUGCAGGCCAUCGGACGUGUAGAGAGCACAAGUUCCGUUGCUCUCACGGGCAUUUCAUUUUUGGUUCAGCAACAAGAAAUACAGGUUCGGCAUGGAAGUCGCAUUGUGUAAUCAAUGUUGCUCGACUUGUCCCAGUGUCAUGGCCGAUAAUAUGCUCAGUUCUAAAUGUUAACGUAACAUGGAAGAUGCAGACCGCAAGAAUACAAUGUAACGGGAGACCAAAUAUACCUUUUCAUCUGCAAGGUGCUUAAAUACAUUUUUCAGCAGAAGCUUUAUUUACGCUUAGACCUCCAUUUAUCACACAAGGCCUGAACGUUUACUUAGUUCACUCACUUACCGCAAUACGGCGCUCGCUAUAUGGCGCAGAGUGGUAGCGAUGCCCCUGUGUUGUCUCAGUUGUAAUAAAAUAGCAAUUUAACCACGCA